AUGUCAGCGUUAGACCCAUCAACGGCCAAUUUGGACCAACCAUCGGUGGUCCAUACGCCCACCAAUAGCAUAAAAGACGAGCUGCUGUCGCCAGGCUUCAGCGACAGCAUUGCCCAGUUCCUCCCCACCGAAGUGUCCGGAUCGGACGAGGAAGAAGAGGAGGAGGAGGAGGAGGAGGAGGAGGACGACGACGACGACGACGACGGUAACGAAGAGCGCGAAGACGAGCGGGACUCCGAGCACGAAGCAGACGACACUAAAUUCGACACCGAGAAACCACUGGCUGCCGCAAGACCCGGUGUGGAUGUAAAAGCCGAUAACGACGUGGGCACCGCCGCCAAGCGUUUAGCGCCCCCUACUGGAAAGUUUCGUGGACGGCCUUCGUCUUGUGUCUUUGUCGCCAGUCUCGCUGCCUCUCUUACCGACGACGAACUAUGUCUGUCGGUGACUGAAAACUUCAAGAAAUUCGGCCAGCUCACAAUGGUCAAAGUUCUAAGAGACCCUGCCAACAGACCUUAUGCAUUUGUACAGUACACCAACGAUGCCGAUGCCAAGAAAGCUUUAAACAAGGCACAGGGUACGACCCUCAACGGAAGAACUAUUCGUUGCGAGCCCGCUCGUGUUAACCGCACUUUAUUCCUCAGUUACAAAAGCAGAUAUCCAGCUCCGGCAUCCGGUACACUUGUGUCGGCUGCUACGGUCAACCAGAUGAUGAGCAAGUUUGGUGAACUAGAACAAUUGGUUGCUUGCAGAGAUCAGUAUCCGCACAAGAAAAACUACUUUCAAGCUGCUUUUAAUAAGAGCAAUGCUUGGUUUAUUCAAUUUGCAUUUCGUGAUGACGCCAUCCGUGCUUUUGCGACUCUGAAAUCGGAGUUCAAUUGGGUUGUCGAGUGGGCUCAAAAUAUAGAAGCUGAUCCACAUUUGAACAUGCUACAGUCUGGCAAUGAUCUUACCAUAUCAGAGGAGUCAGAAGCUUCGAGCGAUCAAUCUCACAAUGACUCUUUGUUUGAAGUGAACAAAUCUGAAUUUGGCAGUCAUGGCUCCGACGUUAAUAUCGACCAGAAAUCCAUCUUUGUCGGCCAACUAGAUCCCUUGGCAACAGAAGAAAACUUAUUAGAGAGGUUUUCUAGGCAUGGAACCAUCUUGGACGUCAACCUGUUGGUCAAGCCUAACAAUGUGUUUGCAUUUAUUAAAUUUGCGACGGAAGAAGCAGCAGCAGCCGCUCUGGAAAUGGAAAAUCAUGCCAUAUUCCUCAACAAAACUAUGCAUGUUCAAUAUCGGGAAAUUGGUGGAUCCAAGAAAUUCAGGAGACAUAGCAGCGCCAAUAAUCACAGGAGCAACGGCUAUGGGGCUGCUAAUAAAAAUGAAAAUCGUCCAGGCGAUAUACAUGUCAAUUUCAAGAAGCAAGUGCAUUUACUAAAUGGCAAUAGUAAUCCCAACUACAACGGCCCUGUUGAAAAUGGCUAUAAUGUUUCAUAUCAACCUCCUCGCUUGAACUUGGCACCUCCGCCAAUCAACGUUGGAAAGCGAAGAUCUAGCACCGGCUCGGGACCAUUCUAUUCCAACUAUCCCACUCCCCUUCACGACUUCCAUGUCUUUUCACCUCAACAACAAGGCCCCAUGUUUAUGGUGGCCGCUCCCAAAAAAUCGAAGUCGCAUCCGAGGCGCAAAAGUAUCGAAAUCACCAAAUCCUACAUCGAUUCUAAUGAUCCUAAUAUUAAUGAUAAGGGCGAUACUUUGAAUUCACACGAAGCUGGAAACACGGCUAAUCGCUCUUUUACCACAGAUACAGAGGUUUCUGAGGGCUCCGAAUCUGUUGGUGACAACGACGCAUCCACUUACGCCAGCACUUCUCAUUGUACAACUUCUGCUGGCGGAAUUAAUUACAAGAAGAAGCUCGACGAAUACAAGAAAAGGGGAAAUUACCCAACUUUCGAUCCUUACUAUUAUCCACCCUACUAUUACCCAGUAGAGUAUGCAAUGGGGCCAGCAGGUCCAGCAGGCCAAACUACCCCUCUAAACUCAUCAGGAAACAACCCACGCCCUGGUGCAAAUUCCAACCAGCCAUGUUUCAUGUACUACCCUGUUCCAGCUAGUAAUGGCGUUGAAUUUGCGGAUAUGCACAACAUGGUCAUGCCCCACAUGGGUCCAUCUCCUGGUAGUAUGGGUACACCAAUGAUCCCAAUGCCAAUCUCUCAACAACAAUACAUGCCAAUGGAACCCAAUUAUAAUUAUAACGGUGCCAGUAAGACACCUUUAGAUUACUGA